UUAUUCGUUGCCAUUUUGUAAAGUGCUCUUAAAACAGUCUAUGGUUGAUAUUUUGUGCGCUUUGAAAUAAUUAUUAAAAAAGAGGUUAUCCAGUAAAGAGCUAAAGAAUUUUGUGUAAAACACGACUGGAAAUUCAUUUUUGUGCAGAAAGAAGAGGCUUACAAUCGAGUCAUCAAGUGGUGGCUGGCAGCUCAAAAUACGAAACGCACUGAACAGUAUUAAUUUAAUUAAAGGAAAUAAGAGCGAACGAGAGCAAAAAGAAGCAAUUUUACAAAAUCGACAACUAAAAUAAUAAACUAAAACUUCAAACGUUUUACAAAACAACGAUCGAAACGAUUAAACGAGAAAAAUGGAGAAUUUCACGCCUAAAGAGGUGAAAAUUCUCGAAACCGUCGAGGAUAUUCAGGAGCGUCGUGAACAGGUGCUUUCACGUUAUAAUGAAUUUAAGAUCGAGACGCGUCAAAAGCGUGAAAAACUAGAAGAUUCACGCCGCUUUCAAUACUUUAAGCGCGAUGCUGAUGAAUUGGAAUCAUGGAUACAUGAGAAGUUGCAAGCCGCAAGUGAGGAAAGCUAUCGCGAUCCCACAAAUCUACAGGCAAAGAUACAAAAACAUCAAGCUUUCGAAGCGGAAGUUUCCGCUCAUAGUAAUGCCAUUGUAUCGCUUGACAAUACUGGUCAAGAGAUGAUCAAUCAGCAGCAUUUCGCAUCGGAAACCAUUCUACGUCGCCUUGAUGAAUUGCAUCGUCUGUGGGAGUUGCUGUUGAAUCGCCUAGCAGAGAAGGGACAAAAAUUGCAACAAGCACUGGUUUUGGUACAAUUUUUACGUCAAUGCGAGGAAGUUAUGUUUUGGAUUAAGGAUAAGGAGGCAUUUGUUACUGCUGAUGAAUUCGGGCAAGAUUUGGAGCAUGUAGAGGUAUUGCAGCGCAAGUUUGAUGAAUUUCAAAAGGAUAUGGCUUCACAGGAAUAUCGUGUCAAUGAAGUGAAUCAAUUGGCUGAAAAGUUGGUACAGGAUGGCCAUCCAGAGCGUGAAACAAUUACCAAACGCAAAGAAGAGUUGAAUGAGGCUUGGCAACGUCUCAAGCAGUUGGCAAUUGUGCGGCAAGAGAAACUCUUUGGUGCACAUGAAAUUCAACGUUUUAAUCGCGAUGCCGAUGAGACUGUUGCCUGGAUUGCUGAAAAGGAUGUUGUAUUGUCAUCCGAUGACUACGGCCGUGAUUUGGCUAGCGUACAAGCCUUACAACGUAAACACGAAGGUGUUGAACGUGAUCUAGCGGCACUUGAGGACAAGGUAUCCACAUUGGGCGCUGAGGCAACACGUCUGUGCUCCAUUCAUGCCGAUCACAGUGAUCAAAUACGCGACAAACAAGCUGAAAUCGCCAACUAUUGGCAAAGCCUAACCGCCAAGGCUCGUGAACGCAAACAGAAAUUAGACGAAUCGUACUUUUUGCAUCGUUUCCUAGCCGAUUUCCGUGACUUGGUAUCGUGGAUAAAUGGCAUGAAAGCCAUAAUUUCUGCCGACGAAUUGGCUAAAGAUGUUGCUGGUGCUGAAGCGCUAUUGGAACGUCACCAGGAACAUAAGGGUGAAAUUGAUGCUCGCGAGGAUAGUUUUAAAUUGACGACCGAGUCGGGCCGCAAACUAUUGGAGCGUGAACAUUAUGCUGCGGCUGAAAUUCAAGAAAAAUUGGCUGCACUAGAAAAUGACAAGAGCUCAUUGCUUUCUUUGUGGGAGGAUCGUCGUAUACUGUAUGAGCAAUGCAUGGAUUUGCAGUUGUUCUACCGUGAUACGGAGCAAGCCGAUACUUGGAUGGCAAAGCAAGAGGCUUUCCUUGCUAAUGAGGAUCUUGGUGAUUCUUUGGAUUCCGUUGAAGCUUUAAUUAAGAAACAUGAAGAUUUUGAGAAGAGCCUGGCUGCACAAGAAGAGAAAAUCAAGGCGCUGGACAUUUUCGCUACCAAGCUAAUUGAUGGACAGCAUUAUGCAGCCGAUGAUGUUGCACAACGUCGUCAAAUGUUGUUAGCACGUCGUUCGGCGUUACAAGAAAAGUCUGCAAGGCGUCGUCAACUUUUGGAAGAUUCUAAUCGUUAUCAGCAGUUCGAGCGUGAUUGUGACGAAACCAAGGGUUGGAUUAGUGAGAAAUUGAAAUUCGCCACUGAUGACAGCUACCUAGAUCCAACCAAUUUGAAUGGUAAAAUGCAAAAACAUCAAAACUUUGAGCAUGAAUUGAACGCCAAUAAAUCGCGUAUUGAAGACAUCACGACUGUGGGUACUGAACUUAUCGAAAAGAAACAUUAUGCCUCCGAUCAAAUUAAUACGCGCAUGCAAGAGAUAGUUGUAUUGUGGGAGACCUUAGUACAGGCAUCCGAUAAGAAGGGCUGUAAAUUGCAUGAGGCCUGUCAGCAGCAACAAUUUAAUCGUACCAUUGAAGAUAUUGAACUGUGGUUGAGCGAAAUCGAGGGUCAAUUAUUGUCUGAAGAUCAUGGCAAGGAUCUAACAUCGGUACAAAAUUUACAGAAAAAACACGCACUUCUCGAAGCCGACGUCAUGGCUCAUCAAGAUCGCAUUGAAAGCAUAAAAGUAGCAGCUAAUAAAUUCAUUGAGUCGGGACAUUUCGAUGCGGACAACAUACGUAAUAAGGAAGCCAAUUUGUCUGAACGUUAUGCAGCAUUGGCUGCACCAAUGGCUGAGCGUAAGCAGCACUUACUUGACUCCUUGCAAGUGCAACAAUUAUUCCGGGAUCUUGAAGACGAAGCAGCUUGGAUCCGUGAAAAAGAACCAAUCGCAGCUUCAACUAAUCGCGGUCGCGAUUUGAUUGGCGUACAAAAUCUUAUUAAAAAACAUCAAGCUGUCUUAGCUGAGAUUAACAAUCACGAACCCCGUUUACUUAAUGUUAUCAGCUCUGGUGAGAAUAUGCUAAAGGAGCAGCCAUUUGCUAGUGAAGAUAUUCGCCAACGCUUGGACGCAUUGCAAGAUCAAUGGAAUACCCUAAAGGAAAGAUCGAAUCAACGCAAGCAAGAUCUUGAGGACUCACUACAAGCCCAUCAAUACUUCGCUGAUGCUAACGAGGCUGAAUCGUGGAUGCGUGAAAAGGAGCCAAUCGCAACGAACAAUGACUAUGGUAAAGAUGAAGACUCUGCUGAGGCAUUGCUGAAGAAGCAUGAAGCAUUAGUCUCCGAUUUGGAAGCAUUCGGUAAUACAAUCCAAGGUUUACAAGAACAAGCACGAAACUGCCGCCAACAAGAAACCCCUGUUGUUGACAUAACCGGCAAGGAAUGUGUUGUUGCUCUUUAUGAUUACACUGAAAAAUCACCACGUGAGGUAUCAAUGAAGAAAGGUGAUGUGCUUACCCUGCUCAACUCCAAUAACAAAGAUUGGUGGAAAGUUGAGGUAAACGAUCGUCAGGGAUUCGUGCCAGCCGCUUACAUCAAAAAGAUUGAAGCCGGUCUGAGUGCAAGUCAACAGAAUCUUGUAGAUAAUCAUUCCAUUGCUAAGCGUCAGAAUCAAAUCAACUCGCAAUAUGAUAACUUAUUAGCUUUGGCACGUGAACGCCAAAAUAAAUUGAACGAAACAGUGAAAGCAUACGUGCUGGUGCGUGAAGCAGCCGAUUUAGCUCACUGGAUCAAGGAUAAGGAAAACCAUGCUCAAAUUGCUGAUGUCGUCGGCGAAGAUCUCGAAGAAGUUGAAGUGUUACAAAAGAAAUUCGACGAUUUCAAUGAUGAUUUGAAAGCGAACGAGGUACGUUUGGCAAAUAUGAAUGAAAUCGCUGUACAAUUGACUUCACUUGGUCAAACGGAGGCCGCAUUGAAAAUUCAAACUCAAAUGCAAGAUCUUAAUGACAAAUGGAAUAAUCUACAACAACUAACCGCCGAGAAGGCGAGCCAACUUGGCUCCGCUCAUGAAGUACAACGUUUCCAUCGUGAUAUUGACGAAACUAAAGAUUGGAUUGCCGAAAAAGAAAAUGCACUCAAUAACGACGAUUUGGGUAAGGAUUUGCGUAGCGUGCAGACACUACAACGCAAACAUGAGGGCGUUGAACGUGAUUUAGCAGCAUUACGUGAUAAAAUACGGCAAUUAGAUGAAACUGCCAAUCGUUUAAUGCAAUCGCACCCUGACACAGCUGAACAAACUUAUGCCAAACAAAAGGAAAUCAAUGAGAUGUGGGACCAAAUCACUACCAAGGCAACUACGCGCAAAGAAAAAUUGUUAGACUCAUACGAUUUGCAACGCUUCCUCAGCGACUAUCGUGAUCUGCUUGCUUGGAUCAAUUCAAUGAUGAGCUUGGUCACUUCCGAUGAGCUGGCCAAUGAUGUUACUGGCGCUGAAGCUCUUAUUGAACGUCAUCAGGCUCGUCGUGCUGAACUCGAAUCAAUUUUUGGACACAGUAAUGCCCCUGGCGCAUCUAUGUUUCCUGAGGAGCAUCGUACCGAGAUUGAUGCACGUGCCGGUACAUUUGCCGCUUUCGAGCAGUUUGGCAAUGAAUUACUACAAGCCAAUCAUUUUGCUUCACCUGAAAUCAAGGAGAAAAUCGAAGAUUUAGCAAAGACACGUGAAGAAUUGGAAAAAGCAUGGACUGCCCGGCGAUUGCAGCUUGAGCAGAACUUAGAUCUGCAAUUAUAUAUGCGUGAUUGCGAAUUGGCUGAAUCGUGGAUGUCGGCACGCGAAGCUUUCCUUCAUGCCGAUGAUGUUGAUAAUAAGGGCGAUAAUGUUGAAGCAUUAAUUAAAAAGCAUGAAGAUUUCGACAAAGCCAUAAAUGGUCAUGAAGAGAAGAUAGCUGCACUCCAAGUAUUAGCUGAUACUUUGAUUAAUCAAAAUCACUAUGCAUCCAAUUUAAUUGAUGAUAAGCGCAAGCAAGUAUUGGAACGUUGGCGUCAUUUGAAGGAGGGUUUGAUCGAGAAACGUUCACGUUUGGGAGAUGAACAGACAUUGCAACAAUUCUCACGCGAUGCUGAUGAAAUCGAAAAUUGGAUAGCUGAAAAAUUACAGUUAGCCACCGAGGAGAGCUACAAAGAUCCAGCUAAUAUUCAAUCGAAACAUCAAAAACAUCAAGCAUUCGAGGCCGAAUUGGCAGCAAAUGCUGAUCGUAUUCAAAGUGUUUUGGCUAUGGGUGAGAAUUUGAUUGAUAAGAAGCAGUGUAGUGGUUCGGAAGAUGCCGUACAGAAACGUUUGACACAAAUUGCCGAUCAGUGGGAAUACCUCACACAUAAGACAACAGAGAAAUCAUUGAAAUUGAAGGAAGCGAACAAACAACGCACAUACAUCGCUGCUGUCAAGGAUUUGGACUUCUGGUUGGGCGAGGUCGAAAGCUUGCUCACCACUGAGGAUUCUGGUAAGGAUUUGGCAUCAGUCCAAAACCUCAUGAAGAAACAUCAGUUGGUAGAGGCGGAUAUCGUUGCACACGAAGACCGCAUCAAGGACAUGAACAACCAGGCCGAUUCCUUGGUCGAUAGCGGUCAAUUUGAUAGUGCUGGUAUUCAGGAGAAACGACAAAGCAUUAAUGAACGUUAUGAGCGCAUUUGUAAUUUGGCUGCUCACCGUCAAGCUCGUUUGAAUGAAGCACUAACUUUGCAUCAAUUCUUCCGUGAUAUUGCCGAUGAGGAAUCUUGGAUAAAAGAAAAGAAAUUGUUGGUUGGCUCCGAUGAUUAUGGCCGCGAUUUGACUGGUGUGCAAAAUCUUAAAAAGAAGCAUAAGCGUCUUGAAGCCGAAUUGGCCUCUCAUGAACCAGCUAUUCAGGCAGUGCAAGAGGCCGGCGAGAAGUUAAUGGAUGUUUCCAAUUUGGGUGUGCCAGAAAUUGAACAAAGAUUAAAAGCCUUAAACCAAGCCUGGGCUGAAUUAAAGAAUUUAGCUGCUACACGUGGGCAAAAACUUGACGAAUCCUUGAUAUACCAGCAAUUCUUAGCUCAAGUAGAAGAAGAAGAGGCUUGGAUAACCGAAAAACAACAAUUGCUCUCUGUUGACGACUAUGGCGAUUCGAUGGCCGCUGUCCAAGGUCUUUUGAAGAAGCAUGACGCAUUUGAAACAGACUUUGCCGCCCAUAAAGAUCGCUGCUCUCUGAUUUGUGAUCAAGGAAGUGAAUUGGUGGAAGCUAAAAAUCAUCAUGGGGACUCAAUUGCACAGCGUUGCCAACAAUUGCGCAAUAAAUUGGAUAACUUGAAUGCUUUAGCUGCUCGACGUAAGGGUGCGCUUCUUGACAAUUCUGCGUAUCUACAAUUCAUGUGGAAGGCUGAUGUCGUCGAAAGCUGGAUUGCUGAUAAAGAGAAUUAUGUACGCUCCGACGAAUAUGGACGUGAUCUUUCAACUGUACAAACUUUGUUAACCAAACAAGAGACAUUCGAUGCUGGUCUCAAUGCAUUCGAACAAGAAGGUAUUCACAAUAUAACUACUCUAAAGGAUCAACUUAUAAAUGCAGAUCAUGCUCAAUCGCCGGCCAUUUUGAAACGUCAUGAAGAUGUUAUUUCCCGUUGGAAUAAACUUCGCGAGGCGUCCGAGACACGUAAACAACGCUUAUUGGCCAUGCAAGAUCAGUUCCGCCAAAUCGAGGAACUCUACUUGACAUUUGCGAAGAAAGCUUCGGCCUUCAAUUCUUGGUUCGAAAAUGCCGAAGAGGACCUCACUGAUCCUGUUCGCUGCAAUUCGAUCGAAGAAAUACGUGCUCUGCGCGAUGCGCAUGCACAAUUCCAGGCUUCCCUGUCCUCGGCCGAGGCGGACUUUAAAGCCCUGGCAGCGCUUGAUCAAAAGAUCAAGAGCUUCAAUGUUGGACCUAAUCCAUACACUUGGUUCACCAUGGAAGCUCUUGAAGAGACCUGGCGCAACUUGCAAAAGAUCAUAGAGGAGCGAGAUGGCGAAUUGGCUAAAGAGGCUAAGCGUCAAGAGGAAAACGACAAACUUCGUAAAGAAUUCGCAAAACACGCAAAUCUUUUCCAUACGUGGCUGACAGAAACGAGAUAUUAUAUGCUGGGUUAUAAUAGAGAAGGAACUAGUAUGAUGGAAGGUUCCGGUUCAUUGGAACAGCAAUUGGAAGCACUUCGCAUCAAAGCCACCGAGGUACGCGCUCGUCGUGUUGACUUGAAAAAAAUCGAAGAAUUGGGAGCUUUGUUGGAAGAACAUUUAAUAUUGGAUAAUCGUUAUACAGAGCAUUCCACAGUUGGUCUAGCCCAACAAUGGGAUCAACUUGAUCAAUUGUCAAUGCGUAUGCAACACAACUUGGAACAACAAAUACAAGCGCGCAAUCAUUCUGGCGUAUCGGAAGACUCUCUUAAGGAAUUCUCAAUGAUGUUUAAACAUUUUGACAAAGACAAGAGUGGUAAACUUAAUCACCAAGAAUUCAAAUCAUGUCUGCGUGCUCUCGGCUACGAUCUGCCAAUGGUGGAAGAAGGACAACCUGAUCCAGAAUUUGAAGCUAUUCUCAAUGUUGUUGAUCCGAAUCGUGAUGGUCAUGUCUCAUUGCAAGAGUAUAUAGCCUUCAUGAUUUCAAAGGAAACGGAAAAUGUUCAAUCCUACGAAGAAAUCGAAAACGCUUUCCGCGCUAUAACUGCCUCCGACCGCCCAUACGUUACAAAGGAAGAGCUAUAUUGCAACCUUACCAAGGAUAUGGCAGAUUACUGUGUGCAACGUAUGAGACCGUAUAUGGAACCCCGCUCUGGUCAACCUAUUAAAGAUGCCCUUGACUAUAUAGAGUUUACGAGAACACUGUUUCAAAAUUAAACAAAUAUAUUAAAUAUUAAAAUACUUUUCAUAAAUUUAAACUAAAAUAUUUCCUGCAAUUACUUGGAUAAUUUAGAUUUAAGUACAAUAAAUUCACUGUCUACUUGAGUUUAGCUUGCAAUAGCACAGAUAUAUACAUAUAUUGGGCUGCCAAAUAUACCAACUACAAGUCAUAAAAAUAUUAUACCCAUGCAAUUUAUAUUUGAACGAUAUUUAUUAGUCAUUCUUAAAUAUUGCUGUUUUAUAUAACCAAUUUGUAGUUUUAGAAUACUACUUUAAUACGAUGACAUAAAUACAAUACGUAUUCGGAUCUUGUUGUAUCUGCUUAUAAAAAAAUACACUUUAGCUCCUAAUAUUUUUUAAAAACAGCGGCACUUCACACCUCCUCCAUAGCAUUUUUGUUACUAGACUUGAAAAAUAACUAGAACCACUAAAUUUAAAAGGUACAUACAUACGUUACUACUUACCUGUCUUUAUGGUGACGAUAAAUAACAGUCAGAGUUAUAUUUCCUUUCCUCUUUACACAGAUGCAUUUAUUUGACUCAGAUUAAAAGUUUUAUAUAUACACAUGCACAAUAUGCAAAUAUUUUAUGAAAUAAAAUAUUUCAAAUUAUAAAAAACUUAUGUAUCUUAUAGCUGCAUGUCUAAUAAAGAUAAACAUAUACGCAUUAAUCGAAA